CCACUUUUAAUUUAUUUAUUUUUUCCAAAAAAAUGUCUAAGCAAAGUGUGAGGAAACAUCAUGCAUUAGAGAAACAUAGGGAAAAAGAAAAAACAAGAAGCAAUAAUAUUAGUAGUAAUUUCUUAUUAUCCAAACAUUGGAAAAAAAUUUACCCUAUAGGGUUACAUAAAACAAGUUCUUCUCUUUCACUUUCUUCACUUUCUUUAUCUUUAUCACAAACUUCAAAUGAUUCUUCUAUUACUGAUUCUUCUUCAAUCACUCCAUUGGAUCAAAAAAUCUCUCUAGCACUACGAUUAAUCGCGUCAUCAAGGGAGAAAAAAGAGGGUUCGAGCAUGUCCAAUAAGAACGUGGCUCGAACGGUUAUAAGUCCAACUUGUAACCCUAAUCCAAACCCUAGUAGUGAAGAAGAACUCAUGAGAAGGUGCAAUUGGAUUACUAGUACUAGUGAUAAGGUUUAUGUGCAAUUCCAUGAUGAAUGUUGGGGAGUUCCUGUUUAUGAUGACCACCAAUUAUUCGAGCUUCUUGCAUUAUGUGGAAUGCUUAUGGAUUUCAAUUGGACUGAAAUUUUAAAGAGAAGGGAACAAAUAAGAGAAGCAUUUGGUGGAUUUAAUGCAAACCAUGUGGCCAAAAUGGGGGAGAGUGAGAUUGAAGAAUUAAUCUCAAAUACAUCACUCAAUUUAGCAGAAAGCAGAGUUAGAUGCAUAGUUGACAAUGCCAAAUGCAUAGUCAAGAUUGUGAGAGAAUAUGGAUCAUUUAGCAGCUACAUGUGGAAUUAUGUGAAUUAUAAACCUAUAAUUAACAGAUUUAGACAUCCAAGAAAUGUUCCAUUAAGAACACCAAAAGCAGAAACAAUUAGCAAAGAUUUAUUGAAGAAAGGAUUUAGAUUUGUUGGGCCAGUAAUUGUUUAUUCAUUCAUGCAAGCUGCUGGAAUGACAAUUGAUCAUUUGGUUGAUUGUAUUAGGCAUAAAGAUUGUGUUAAUCUUGCUGAAAGACCAUGGAGGCAUGUAUGAGUUUAAUUUAUUUUAAUUAUGUAUGUUUUUUUUUUCCUUUGGUUUAUUUAAGUUGUUUUUUGGCAAUUGGUUUUGCUUAUAACAACAAAUUCAAUGUAAUCUCACCAGUGGAAUAAUCUAGAAAGAGUGGUGUGUGCGCAAUCUUAUUUCUACCUUGUGAAUGUAGAAAAGUUGUUUUUAGCACUGGUUUUGUUUAUAACAAUACAUUCUGUGUAAUCUUACAAGUGGAGUAUGAAGAGAGUGGUGUGUACGCAGUCUUGUUUUUGCCACUGGUUUUGCUUAAAACAAUAUAAUCAGUAUAAUCUUACGAGUGGAGUCUGGAGAGAGUGGUGUGUACGCAGUCUUGUUUCUGUCUUGUGAAUGUAGAGAGGUUGUUUCUGCCACUGGCUUUGCUUGUAUGUAUCAAUUAUGAGUUGAAUGGUGUAUUUAUUUCCA